UGUAACUCGAAUUAGCCUCUCACCGUUGCGACACCCCUUGCGAGCUUCUCCAGAUCCCCACGACGACCAAAAACCCUCCGUUGCGGCCUCUGAUUUUUAUCCUCGGAUCGAAUCGAAUCGGAAAAAUCAGUCACCAUGGUGGUUGGACGUUUGACACACUAUGCUUUUGACGCCGUUCUUCUCUCGGCUUUUCUCGCUGGCGUGAAGCGAUCGACCGGCUUGACUUUCAAGAGCGACAAAGUUGCUGGCGAGAACAAGGAAGUCUCCAAAUGGAUCGACAAGUACCUCGGCGUCGGCGAGUGGGUGAUGGACCAGUCCGUUGCCAUCGCCGGCUCCAGCGGCUUCUUUGAGCGCAAGCGAUGAUUUCUCGCAACUCGAUCAGACCACCUCCUUUUGAGUUGCCGAAUUCAGAUACCGGGUUGGUGCCAUCGCGGCGAGGGUAGUGACCGAGCGAUUUCGCUCCAACCUGUCUGGUUUCAUGGAACUCUGAGGUUGCAAUUUUCUUUUUAUUUUCCCCUUGCCGAGAGAGUGCAAGUGCGUUGGAAUUAUGAUAGCUGUGCCUAAGAAGAGGCCGAGGGAAAUCCCCAACAAGUUCAAGUUCGUUUUGAGCUAUUAUGACGGAUGAGCAGUGCCAAAGUCAUGUUUUUAUCUGGGCGUUUGAAGGAACAACUGGGUGCUUGUUUGAUGGAAUUGCUGAAUAUGAUGAAAUGACUCAACUACGCAAAAAAUAAGAAAAGAAAAAGAGAAAAAAGAAAUGCCGACGACGUGACUCUUGCUC